ACCCUACUCAGUUGUGUUUGUGAUGGUAGCGUUUUUUAGUACUGAUAGCAAAUUAUUGAAUUACUCACGACGAAAUUGUCAAUACGGUCAUUUGAUUGAAUAAAGGGGAAAAUAACGUCAAGGAAGAGGUUUCGUGGAAGGGAGAACGAAAGGGGAUACGCUUAUUGUGCUGGUAUGUCACACGGGUGAAACCCAAGCUGCUGUAUCAGUUGACAGCGUCACAGAUCAGUAGCACAGAUAGAACAAUGAGACAGAUAUUUCACCGGAUGUAUACAUGUGAAGCAUCCGCUUGGCGUUUCCACCUACUACCAAAUUUGGUAGUGAGAGGAAGCCCAUUGACCGGUAGUGGAAGAAGAUGGAACGAGAUGGAUUUUGGCCGACAUUCUGCUACUUUUGUCAUCGAUGAAACAUUUGAUCUCAAUACAUUUUUCUGUUACCAAAACUAGAAUGUGUUACGAACAGAGUGGAUUACGUGUUGUAGACUUGACCCUUUGCCAAAGUUAAAAAUAAUUGCGUUGUUUAGCAGGAUUGCAAAGGCGAAUUGAGUUGCUACACACGCGCACUCCACAGCUAGUAGACAGUCCCUAACAGAAAUAUGCAAAUGAUAGCUAGUACGCGCCAAUAGGAUCUCGCUAUCUCGUGCAUGGCUCUGCCCACCUUGCUUCUUCUGCCCACUAUGACUCAUUUGUUCCUAUUUGAAACGACAGGCUGUGGUAUGGCUUGGUUUAGUUAUACAAAUCUUUGCCUCAGUGGCUGGCAUUGCUAGCUACACUGAAUAGUUUCACAUUCUUGAUUUAUUAGCUCGUUAGAUGAUUCCUGUAUUUCAAGUUUUCUACCUAUUAUAACACAUGCAUAAUAUCAUUGUUACCCGCAUUACACAGUAUAUAUAUAUCCGCUAGCUCCGUCUACAGCGGGGCUGUUAAAUUCAUGUCAUGGAGCCAGGGCCGAAAUACUUCUGGUUUUUGUUUCUACCUGCCUUGUAGUUUAUUGCACUUACAUGGUGUCCCAGGUCUGAAUUAGUCCAUUAUUAAAAGUAGAGGAUGAAAGACAGAAGUGCCUCCAGGACCGACAUUGAACAGCCCUGGUCUACAGUUAUCUAAAGUUAGCUACUGUAGCUAGGUACUUGAGACAGUGUGUGCACUGCCUGUUUGUAUGACACCCAUUAACCAUCUUGUCUUCUCUUUUGUCAGAUGUUAUUGAGACGCCCCAAGUCUAACCAUAAUGAGUAGCAACAGCCAUCCCUUGCGUCCACUGGCCUCAGUGUCAGAGAUCGACCACAUCCACCUGCUGUCCGAGCAGCUGGGUGCUUUGGUUCCAGGUGAAGAGUACAGCGAUGUCACCUUCAUUGUGGAGGAGAAACGCUUUCCAGCCCAUAGGGUCAUCUUGGCAGCACGCUGUCACUACUUCAGGUACACCUGUUUGCAUGGUUGUCUUUGCAGUGCAUGAGGUUUUUGGCUUCCAAUUAUAUGUCAGAUGACUGGCUGUCCGGCAGUUGGCAAUUCAAUUUUAACCUUACAGUACUCCCUGCUUUUAGGUGAUAGUGUUCUAGGGCGUUUCCACACCAGCGGGAGCAGAAAAUAUUUUUGGUAUCUCAGAUUGUUCUGGAAAUUCUCACAAAGGGACUUCAUUGGGAGGAAGGAUUGUUUGACAUGCUUUUUACAUUUGUAUCACAAACAAUUUUUUAGAAAAUCACGAUGAAAGUGGCCAUUUUACGCCCUUUUUAGACCUAUACAUGCCUCCUGUGAGACCUUAUGAUCUGUGAACGGUAUAAUAAUAAUAAUAAUAUGCCAUUUAGCAGACGCUUUUAUCCAAAGCGACUUACAGUCAUGCAUGCAUAAAUUUUUGUGUAUGGGUGUUCCCGGGGAUCGAACCCACAACCUUGGCGUUACAAGCGCCGUGCUCUACCAGCUGAGCUACAGAGGACCAUGAUACAGACAUCUUGAUGUCAUUAUACUCCUUAUAGUGUGCUCUAACAUAUGGAGUAUGUGUAGAUUCUAAAAUACAAAUGUAAACAUUAGUUUAUUCAACAUUAAUAAUUUAAAUAUCUCAACUACCCUUUUUGAUUUAGCUUAUUUUUAGACAUUUGAGAUAUUUAUAUUUUUUAUAUUGAAUAAAUUGUGAACAUUUGUAUUUCAGAAUCUAAACAUACUCAAUAUGAGCACAUUCAAAGGAGUAGCUAGGACUAGGUAACAGUCUCUGAGAUGUUUAAUAAUUUCCCCAGAGCUCUGCUGUAUGGGGGGAUGAAGGAGUCCCAGCCGCAGGCGGAGGUGACCCUGGAGGAGACGCGAGCCGAGGCCUUCUCCAUGCUCCUCAACUACCUCUACACGGGCCGGGCUAGCCUCAGCUCAGCCCGCGAGGAGGUGCUGCUGGACUUCCUGGGUCUGGCCCACCGCUAUGGCCUCCAGCCACUAGAGGACUCCACCUCAGAGUUCCUGCGCACCAUCCUGCAUACGCACAAUGUGUGUUUGGUGUUUGACGUGGCCAGCCUGUACUGUCUGAGUGCGCUCAGUGCAGCGUGCUGUGCCUACAUGGACCGUCACGCCCCGGAGGUCCUGGCUUCAGACGGCUUCCUCACACUGUCCAAGGUGAGUGAGAGUGGGCAUGGUCGUGUUCAUUAGGCCACAAACAUGGAAGAACAUGGACCAAAACAGGAAGGGAACUACCUGGACUAAUAAGAAAUGCUAAUUUUUGUUUUCCUUUGCUAAAUGUUUUCAAAUGAUUUCCAUCAUGUGCCCUAAUGAACAAGACCCAUAUCAAAGAACUAUGACUGAAUCCAAAUCAGAUAGGAGUCUUAACUGAAUAUCCUUUUAUCCUCUCUCUCUCUGUGCAGACUGCUCUGCUGACUGUGUUACGGAGGGACUCAUUUGCGGCGAGCGAGAAGGAGAUCUUCCAGGCGCUGUGUCACUGGAGCCGGCAGAACGGCGAGGGAGGCGCCACGCAGGAAGUGAUGGCAGCCGUGCGGCUGCCGCUCAUGAGCCUGACGGAGAUGCUGAACGUGGUGCGUCCCUCGGGACUGCUCAGCCCAGACGACCUGCUGGACGCCAUCAAGACCCGCUCAGAGAGCCGCGACAUGGACCUCAACUACCGCGGCAUGCUCAGUGAGUCUCAGUCGCUUCCGGUCCUGUUCUAGUAGUCGGCAACUAAUAGCUUUAUUUGUCAGUGGGAGUCUGUGUAUUCUGUUUGCAUGUGAAUUCCGUGUGUGUCUCUCUUCGUAUUCCAUGUGUGUGUAUUUUGUGUGUGUGAGAUAUGUAUUUAAUAUAAAGUAUUCAAUGUGAUGCCUUUGUGUCUUACAGUCCCAGAGGAGAACAUUGCCACCAUGAAGUAUGGGGCCCAAGUGGUGAAGGGAGAGCUGAAGUCAGCGCUGCUGGACGGAGACACCCAGAACUACGACCUGGACCAUGGCUUCUCCAGACACCCGAUAGAGGAGGACGGCCGCGCUGGCCUUCAGAUCAAACUGGGCCAGGCCUCUAUCAUCAACCACAUCCGCAUCCUGCUCUGGGACAGGGACAGCCGGUGAGUGAGACAUCCAGCGUGUUUUAAGGGAUCAGUUUGAGGAAGGCACAAUUGCUAAUCUUGAUCACAUAAUGAGUAAUUAUUUGGGAUGCAAGGUGAUUUGCCAAUCAGUGAUUCUGCUCAGUCUAACUGCAUUGUAGGCUAUCAAACACGCAUUCAUUUUUCUCUGAAGGUUUUGCUCAACUGAUGAGCAAUGUUUUUAUAGUGUUUUAAAUAUAUAUUGCAGUAAUGUUACUAUCAUGCUGAUAUAGAAAUACUCUUUAGCUAUGCUUUGGUAACUGGGAUUUGUAUGGUCCAUAUCCAUAUUUCUGUUUUUGUGCAGGUCUUACUCCUACUAUAUUGAAGUGUCCAUGGAUGAGCUGGAUUGGGUGCGUGUUGUGGACCAUUCCAAGUACCUGUGUCACUCUUGGCAGAACCUCUUCUUUACACCACGUGUGGCCAGGUAAAACCUCACCCUUUGCAUCUCUUCCUAUGGUUGGCACCAAUUUUGACUUUUGGUUCUACAACAGUGGGUGUGAUUUUGUCCUUGUGUCCCAGGUAUGUGCGCAUUGUGGGGACGCACAACACUGUCAACAAGGUCUUCCAUCUGGUGGCUUUCGAGUGCAUGUUCACACACCGCUCCUUCACUCUGGAAAGAGGUAUUCUCGGUAAGGCAGGAAUAUCAAUUGUUAUACUAGUGUUAUAUAUGAUUCUUAAGAUGCCAGGUCUGAUCAACAUAAACAUCUAUUACUACUCUCGCCAAUCCUCUACUUUAUUCCCAAUCCUCUCUCUCCUACUAUUUUUUGCCUCUGCUUUUUUCAUCCUUCAUAUCUGCAGUUCCAAAUGAGAAUGUGGCUACCAUCGCGGCCUGUUCCAGUGUCAUCGAGGGGGUUAGUCGGAGCAGAAACGCCCUGCUCAACGGGGACACCAGCAACUACGACUGGGACUCGGGCUACACCUGUCACCAGCUGGGCUCUGGGGCCAUCGUCAUCCAACUGGCUCAACCCUACACUAUAGGCUCCUUAAGGUGUGUGUUUGUGUGUGCGUUUUCACUCAUGUUGAGUCUUGGGAGUUUUUGUAUCUGUCUGCAUGUUUGCUACAUUUUUUCAUGCUAAUCAUUUAGUUAUUUUCUACUUCUAUCUGGACAGACUGCUACUGUGGGACUGUGAUGAGCGAUCCUACAGUUACUACAUUGAGGUCUCCACCAAUCAGCAGCAGUGGACAAAGGUGGUGGACCGCACCAAGGUGCCAUGUCGGUAAGACUCCCAGUCUGUGUUCAAGUCUCUCCCUUUCCCAAACUCUUUUCAGAUUAUCUUUGUACAAUACUGUCCAUUUGAGGUCUUUUAACAGUCUUGUUUUUAUUCAACAGAUCGUGGCAGACACUCAAAUUCGACAAGCAGCCUGCCUCUUUUAUUCGCAUCGUGGGAACUAACAACACUGCAAACGAGGUGAGGAUUGCGCAUACACCGUAAUUUUCUUCAUCUGUCAUCUGCAUUUUUGCGUUUACAGAGCUCCAGACUGCGACCAUUUAGUCGACUUGGCUGCGAAAGUAAAAUGUUGAAUUGGUCGCAUCUGGAAUAUAAAAAUAGAUGUGUACAGUACUUUCGGAAUGUAUUCAGACCCCGAUAACGACGAGACAGCCUAUAGGGAGGUGGUCAGGGACCUGGCCGUGUGGUGCCAGGACAACAACCUCUCCCUCAACGUGAUCAAGACAAAGGAGAUGAUUUGUGGACUACAGGAAAAAGAAGAGGACCGUGCACGUCCCCAUUCUCAUUAACGGGGCUGUAGUGGAGCAGGUUUAGAGCUUCAAGUUCCUUGGUGUCCACAUCACCAACAAACUAACAUGAUCCAAGCACACCAAGACAGUAGUGAAGAGGGCACGACAAAACCUAUUCCCCCUAAGGAGACUGAAAAGAUUUGGCAUGAGUCCUGAGAUCCUCAAACGGUUCUACAGCUGCACCAUCGAGAGCACCCUGACUGGUUGCAUCACUGCCUGGUAUGACAACUGCUCGGCCUCUGACUGCAAGGCACUAUAGAGAUGGAUGGUUAUUCCAGCAUGACAAUGACCCAAAACCCACGGCCAAGGCAACAAAGGAGUGGCUCAAGUAGAAGCACAUUAAGGUCCUGGAGUGGCCUAGCAUAGAAAAUCUGUGGAGGGAGCUGAAGGUUUGAGUUGCCAAAUGUCAGCCUCGAAACCUUAAUGACUUGGAGAAGAUCUGCAAAGAGGAGUGGGACAAAAUCCCUCCUGAGAUGUGUGCAAACCUGGUGGCCAACUACAGUGGGGGAAAAAAGUAUUUAGUCAGCCACCAAUUGUGCAAUUUCUCCCAUUUAAAAAGAUGAGAGGCCUGUAAUUUUCAUCAUAGGUACACGUCAACUAUGACAGACGAAUUGAGAUUUUUUUUCUCCAGAAAAUCACAUUGUAGGAUUUUUUAUGAAUUUAUUUGCAAAUUAUGGUGGAAAAUAAGUAUUUGGUCACCUACAAACAAGCAAGAUUUCUGGCUCUCACAGACCUGUAACUUCUUCUUUAAGAGGCUCCUCUGUCCUCCACUUGUUACCUGUAUUAAUGGCACCUGUUUGAACUUUUUAUCAGUAUAAAAGACACCUGUCCACAACCUCAAACAGUCACACUCCAAACUCCACUAUGGCCAAGACCAAAGAGCUGUCAAAGGACACCAGAAACAAAAUUGUAGACCUGCACCAGGCUGGGAAGACUGAAUCUGCAAUAGGUAAGCAGUUUGGUUUGAAGAAAUCAACUGUGGGAGCAAUUAUUAGGAAAUGGAAGACAUACAAGACCACUGAUAAUCUCCCUCGAUCUGGGGCUCCACGCAAGAUUUCACCCCGUGGGGUCAAAAUGAUCACAAGAACAGUGAGCAAAAAUCCCAGAACCACACGGGGGGGACCUAGUGAAUGACCUGCAGAGAGCUGGGACCAAAGUAACAAAGCCUACCAUCAGUAACACACUAUGCCGCCAGGGACUCAAAUCCUGCAGUGCCAGACGUGUCCCCCUGCUUAAGCCAGUACAUGUCCAGGCCCGUCUGAAGUUUGCUAGAGUGCAUUUGGAUGAUCCAGAAGAGGAUUGGGAGAAUGUCAUAUGUGUCAUACCUACUGUGAAGCAUGGGGGGUAGAAACAUCAUGCUUUGGGGCUGUUUUUCUGCAAAGGGACCAGGACGACUGAUCCGUGUAAAGGAAAGAAUGAAUGGGGCCAUGUAUCGUGAGAUUUUGAGUGAAAACCUCCUUCCAUCAGCAAGGGCAUUGAAGAUGAAACGUGGCUGGGUCUUUCAGCAUGACAAUGAUCCCAAACACACCGCCCGGGCAACGAAGGAGUGGCUUCGUAAGAAGCAUUUCAAGGUCCUGGAGUGGCCUAGCCAGUCUCCAGAUCUCAACCCCAUAGAAAAUCUUUGGAGGGAGUUGAAUGUCCGUGUUGCCCAGCGACAGCCCCAAAACAUCACUGCUCUAGAGGAGAUCUGCAUGGAGGAAUGGGCCAAAAUACCAGCAACAGUGUGUGAAAACCUUGUGAAGACUUACAGAAAACGUUUGACCUGUGUCAUUGCCAACAAAGGGUAUAUAACAAAGUAUUGAGAAACUUUUGUUAUUGACCAAAUACUUAUUUUCCACCAUAAUUUGCAAAUAAAUUCAUAAAAAAUCCUACAAUGUGAUUUUCUGGAAUUUUUUUUCUCAUUUUGUCCGUCAUAGUUGACGUGUACCUCUGAUGAAAAUUACAGGCCUCUCUCAUCUUUUUAAGUGGGAGAACUUGCACAAUUGGUGGCUGACUAAAUACUUUUUUCCCCCACUGUACAAGAAACGUCUGACCUCUGUGAUUGCCAACAAGGGGUUUGCCACCAAGUACUAAGUCAUGUUUUGCAGAGGGGUCAAAUACUUAUUUCCUUCAUUAAAAUGCAAAUCAAUUCAUAACUUUUUUGACAUGCGUUUUUCUGGAUUUUUGUUGUUGUUAUUCUGUCUCUCACUGUUCGAAUAAACCUACCAUUCAAAUUAUAGACUGAUCAUUUCUUUGUCACUGGGCAAACGUACAAAAUCAGCAGGGGAUCAAAUACUUUUUUCCCUCACUGUAUAUACUAGGCGGUGUCAGAGGAAGGCCCUCAAAAUUGUCAAAGACUCCAGCCACCCUAGUCAUAGACUGUUCUCUCUGCUACCGCAUGGCAAGUGGUACCGGAGUGCCAAGUCUAGGUCCAAAAGGCUUCUCAACAGCUUCUACCCCCAAGCCAUAAGACUCCUGAACAGCUAAUCAUGGCUACCCGGACUAUUUGCACUGCCCCCCCACCCCCACCCCAUAUUUUUACGCUGCUGCUACUCUGUUAAUUAUUUAUGCAUAGUCACUAUAACUCUACCCACAUGUACAUAUUACCUCAACUAGCCGGUGCCCCCACACAUUGACUCUGCACCGGUACCCCCCUGUAUAUAGCCUCCCUACUGUUAUUUUAUUUUACUUCUGCUCUUUUCUUCUCAACACUUUUUUGUUUUAUUUUACUUUUUUUAUUUAAAAAUAAAUGCAUUGUUGGUUAAGGGCUGUAAGUAAGCAUUUCACGGUAUUGUCUACACCUGUUGUAUUCGGUGCGUGUUGCAAAUAAAAUGUGAUUUGAUUUGGUGAUAGAAGCUGUUUUUCAGUCUCUCGGUCCCAGCUUUGAUGCACCUGUACUGUCUCCGCCUUCUAGAUGAUAGUAGGGUGAACAGGCUGUGGCUGAGGUCCUUGAUGAUCUUCUUGGCCUUCCUGUGACACCGGGUGCUGUAGAUGUCCUGGAGGGCAGUCAGUGUGCCCCUAGUGAUGUGUUAGGCUGACUGCACCACCCUCUGGAGAGCUCUGCGGUUGCGGACUGUGCAAUUGCCAUACCAGGCGGUGAUACAACCCGACAGAAUGCUCUCAAUGGUGCAUCUGUAGAAGUUUGAGUGUCUUAGUGGCCAAGCCACAUUUAUUCAAUCUCCUGAGGUUGAAGAGGCACUGUUACGCCUUCUUAACCACACUGUCUGUAUGAUGGACCAUUUUAGGUUCAGUGAUGUGCACUCUGAGGAACUUGAAGCUUUUCACCCUCUCCACUGCAGCCCUGUUGGGGCGGUAUGCAAAUUGUAGUGGGUCUAGGGUGUCUGGUAAGGUGGAGGUGAUGUGAUCGUUAACUAGCCUCUCAAAAAGCACUUAAUGAUGACAGAAGUGAGUGCUAGGGGGUGAUAGUCAUUUAGUUCAGUUGCCUUCACUUUCUUGGGUACAGGAACAAUGGUGGGCAUCUUGAAGUAUUUCAAAAUCCAAUUGAGGGGAUAACACCGUUAUCCUGUGUAAUACUAAUGUCACCGAUAAAGGGAGGACAGGAGGUUCUCAGCUUUCUGUCGGUCGCUCUGGAUAAGAGCGUCUGCUAAAUGACUAAAAUGUAAAAAUGGUAUAAUUACAAUUUCUCAAUUAAUAGCAACUAUUUUACAACCAAGAUAUUUGAUAUGGCUUUGAGAUAGAGUGCGCGAAAUGCGCAUUGGCCAUUGCGAUUGCAUAGGCCUCAGUGGUAGGCUAUGACUGCAAAGUUUUUUUAGGACAUUAUAUUUACUGUUAGAUUAAUACAUGGCUACUAGCAGUGGGUAUUAUUACAUUUACAUAAUUUAGCAGACAUUCUUAUCCAGAGCGACUUACAAAUUACCGUAAUUUUCGGACUAUAAGCUGCGCCUUUUUUCCAAUUUUUCGACCCUGCGGCUUAUAUAACGGUGCGGCUAAUCUAUGGAUUUUUACAGCUAACGGCCACUAGAAGACCUCCUAAAUCUAUGGAUUUUACAGGUUACAGUCCACCAACUUUAACUCUAUGGGCUCUAUGACCGGUCCGCGCCCCCCACCUUUAAGCGGCGGGCUCCAGCAGGAAAAGCUGGAGGCCGGAAAAGAGUGAGACAGGUAGCGCGUAAAAGUGGAACCGAGAGUGGUACGAGAGAGAACGAGAGACAGACAAACAGACAUUACGAGAGCGAGACAGUUUGUCUCUUUCCCGACAAUCCCCUCUGUGCACGAACCCUUACAUAUGGUAAUUAAACAUUAAAACACCUGCGGCUUAUAGUCAGAGUGUGGCUUAUAUAUGUACACAUCAUUCAAUAUCAUUCAAUUUAGCUGCUGCGGCUUAUACUCCGGUGCGCCUUAUAGUGCGGAAAAUACGGUAUAUUUAAGCAAUAAGGCCCGAGGGACGGUGGUAUAUGGCCAAUAUACCACGGCUAUCUGCUAUUAUUAUAAACUGGUUACCAAUGUAAUUAGAGUAGUAAAAAUAUAGAUUUUGUCAUAACCGUGGUAUACGGUCUGAUAUACCAUGGCUUUCAUCCAAUCAGCAUUCAGGGCUCAAACUACCCAGUUUAUAAUUAGUUAGUGAUCUAGCUAAAGUGUGUUGAGUUUUCACUUACUCAGGUGGGAAAUUAACCCGAAGUAAAUUAGCCUAUGAUAUUAGUGCACAUAAAGACAAAGAAAAUUCAACUCUAGUAAACAAAAAAAAUGAAAAUUCUGGAGCCCUAUUUUAACAGUAAAAUAUAAUGACAAUAGUCUAAUUGUCAACCCAAUAUUCAUGACAAUCACUGGAUUAGGUUGUGCAUAUUUUGAAUCACAAAAUGUUAGAGGAAACAACAUAUUUCUGAAUACCAUCUCACUUCUUAAUAAAGCACUUUGAACUACAUUUACAUUUUAGUCAUUUAGCAGACGCUCUUAACCAGAGCGACUUACAGUUAGUGAAUACAUUUUUUUUUUUUUUUUUUAUACUGCCCCUCCCCCCCCCCCCCCGUGGGAAUCAAACCGACAACCCUGGCGUUGCAAACGCCAUGCUCUAUCAACUGAGCUACAUCCCUGCCGGCCAUUCCCUCCCCUACCCUGGACGACGCUGGGCCAAUUGUGCGCCGCCCAUGAGUCUCCCGGUCGCGGCCGGCUGCGACAGUUACCAUACAAGUGUUAUUUUAUCUGGUUGUAUUGCUAGUUUGAGUUACCUGGGGAUGGCAGAGCGUUCCAUGUAGUCAUGGCUUUAUUUAAUACUGUGCGUUUCCCAGCCUCUGUUCUGGAGCUGGGCACUGUGAAGACCUCUGAUUUGCUUGUCUUGUGUGGCACAGUCCGAACUGUGUGCCAACUGCUUGAACAGACAGUUCGGUAUCUUCAACACCUCGCAAAAAGACAAAUAGUGAUGCAGUCAAUCUCUCCUCCAACUACUUUCUAAGUUGAUUACUUAUCUUUUUCUAUUGUGUGACCGUGCGGGGGAACAAAUAUUGCAACCAAAUCAUGGGCUGGUGCCACCAUCUGAAAAACUUAGUGGCACCAGGGGGAAAUGUUUUAUCUCCGUUCCUCAUUCCCUGUUUCUCUCUCUUUUUCAGGUGUUCCAUUGUGUCCACUUUGAGUGUCCGGCGCAGUUGGACACGGAGGUGAAAGAGGGCAGUCCUGGGCAGGCGUCACCUUUUGAGUCCAGUUCCACAUCCCAGAACCCUAGACCCCUUCGGCCCUCCUGCAGCCAUAGCCUUCUCCCCUCCCAGCCCUCUUCAUCCUCCACUUCCUCACAACCCCACCUCUGA